UGUGACGAAUCUGAAAAUGAAUACAGUAACGGUGCACAAAGUGGAAGCAGUUUACCGAGUGUGGCACGUCCUACUGCUUUUACAUGGGAGAACAUGGAAAACUAUGUAGGACAAAGAGAACAAUUUGUCGGCAGUUGUGGGCCUCAAAAUGAAGGGAAAAAUGUGAUUGAAGCUGUGAAUGUGUUCAAACUCUUUUUCACUCACGAGCUGAUAGCUCUAUUUGUGUGUGAAACAAAUCACUGUGCAGAGCAAUGCAUAAAUUGUAGGAGCCUUCCUAUACCAUUUCGAUCAAGGAUAAGAGAAUGGAAACCUCUCUCUGAUGAUGAAAUGUACGUUGUUUUGGCACUUUUCAUGUUGAUGGGAAUAGUCCAGAAGCCUACACUGAGGUCUUAUUUUUCAAAAAAUUCUCUUUUGGCAACACCUAUCUUUGGCCCGGUUUUUCUAUGGACAGAUUUGAAUCUGUCUGCAAAUUUAUUCACUUUAGUAACAAUGACAGCAAAGACACAUACCAGGGCCCUCCAAAGCUUUUCAAAUUAUAUCCUGUUAUUUCCUAUCUGAACAAAAAAUUUCAAAAUUUGUACAUACCAGGUCAGAAUAUUGCAAUAGAUGAGUAACUGACUCUAUGAAAAGGAAGACUGUCAUUCAAGCAGUAUAUUCCACUAAAAUCUUCAAAAUUUGGGAUCAAGAAGUAUGAGCUUUGCGAGUCCAAUUCAGGAUAUUUGUGGUCUUUCAUCAUUUACACAGGAAAGGACACAGUUGUCACGUCAUCAUUGAUAUCAGAGGACACAAACAAAACAUCAGCCAUUGUGUUAUCUCUAGUGGAGCCAUUACUGGGUAGGGGACAUACAUCGUGGAUGGACAACUUCUACAAUGCACCAGCACUAGCUCAGAUACUGAAAUCAUUGAAGACUGAUUGUGUUGGUACUCUCCGAAUAAAUAGGAAAGAUGUUCCUCUAGCUGUCAAAGAGAAGAAACUAAAGAAGGGGGAGCUAAUAGCUCAACAUUCUGGCCCUGUAUCUGUCCUAAAGUGGAGCGACAAGAAGAAUGUUACCAUGAUUUCAACAUACCAUGGUGAUGAUACACAAAAAGUGAAGACCAAGGGUGGGCAGGAAAAGGAAAACCCUGCGUCAGUCCUGGACUAUAACAAAAACAUGAUAGGGGUUGAUCUGAAAGAUCAGCUCCUACACAAUUACCUCUUGGAAAGAAAGAAAAUGACCAAGUGGUACAUCAAAAUGUUUAUGAGGUUGCUAAAUGCGACAAUUCUAAAUUCUAUGAUAAUCUGCAGGGCAAAUUCACCGGGAAUAGAAGUUGAACACUUGAAAUACAGGGUGGAUCUAGUGCAGGCUCUCCUAGUUGAACAUGGUGGUGGGGUAGAAAGGAAUGUUCCAGGGAGACAUUCCACAGACAAGACUGUGCCCCGACUAAUUGAAAGACAUUUUCCGGAGAGAAUUCCUCCAACAGAGAAAAAGUCACGACCUACAAAGCGUUGUGUGGUGUGUUACAAGCAGGGCAAGAGAAAGGAGACAGUGUUUUGGUGUCCUGAUUGUGAGGCUGGUCUCUGUGUUGAUGGCUGUUUCAAGAUAUUCCACACAAAACUCAACUUUUAAGGUAAUUUUUUUUACAUAUCUAUAAAGCAUAGUGUGUUGUGAACAUUUUGUUCAAAGUUUCACUAAAAUUCAUCAAUUAUUAGGGAAGUUGUGCCCAUAUAAGUAAAAUGACUUUCAAGCUCAAAAUUAAAUCCCCAAGCAGAAAAUCCUCCCACAGCACAGUAUAGACUUUGGAUUUAAAUGCUCCCAUGCUGAAGGGUUAAUUGUGCUUGUUCUGUGACCUUUAUUAGAAGCUACGACUGUCUCGCCUCUUAAGUCACAUAUCUGUUGUGAUGGAUGGUAAAGCUGUGGAAAUCAUGCGUUGCAGAACGGAAUGAGUGGUUACAAAAUGUAACAGGUGAUGAAACAUGGAUUAUGUAUGAUUCUGACGGUAAGUAGUGGGUCUCUUCAAGCUCACCAAGACCAAAAGGAGCUUGUGCCUCUCAGUCAGCAGUUAAAGAUAUGGUGAUAAGUGGUUUUUGAUUGUAGUGGAAUAAUUUACAUGCACGCAGUACUGCCUAACACAAUUGGCAUGGAGCUUACUACUGUUCAUUUCUCAAAACCCUCAUGGACCACAUCAAAGGAAAAUGACUGUAGCUUGUUGGAAAAUGGAUGCUUUAUAAUGACAAUUCCACACCUCAUAAAAGGCAGCUUUGAGGAUAGCACACCCAGACCACAGAAGCUGCAGUCGAAGCUGCUGAGGCGAUUUUAAAAGUGUCCAAAAAUGGUUUCAACCAUGUCUUUAAUAAUUGACAAAAAUGCUGGGACAAAUGUAUUGAGUUCAGAGGAGCAUAUUUUGAAAAGAAACAGUUGUGUUUUAGAAUAAAGGAGGUAUGUUUUUAAAAAAAUCAUUCUCAGUCUUUAUUGAACAGCUGUCUUAUAACACUAUUUUCAUGAUUGUAUGUGUCUGCUCUAGAUCUUUUGACAGAUUUUUUAAACAAUUAUCAAAACUGACAUUUCAUACAAAAUAUUUAGUUGUUAUGACAUACCUUUUAUAUUUCUUCUAUAAUGUGCUUUCAUUUGGUUCCCUCACAUGUGUGUGAUCUUCUGCCUAUGCUAUAGUUCUUGGUAAUUCACUCUCUUGCCUUUCUUUACUUUUUUUGUUGUUUCAUCCAUUACCAUGUUGAACAACACACUAGUUGAAACACUUCCCAGCCUAUCAGCUUU